GAUAGGCAGUGGCGCAGUGAGAGUGGAUAACAAAUUCACUCACAGUCAUAAGAAGAAGAAGACUCCCUCACUCUCACACACACUUAACAAUGGCGGCCUCUGCAACGCCUCUAUCUCUCUCCUUCUUCACCUCCUCAAUUUUCCUCACUUCCUCUUCUCACAAACCCCUCUCAACCCUCAUACCCAACAAUUCUCUCAAAACCCUCAAACCCCUCACCAUCUCCUCCGAGCUCGCCACCCUCCCCGUCCUCUCCUUCACCGGCGACAAGGUUGGCGAGACCUUCCUCGACCUUAAAGCCGCCCUCCCCGACACCGCACGUGCCGUCGUCCACCGCGCCAUCAUCACCGACCUCCAGAACAAGCGCCGCGGCACCGCUUCCACGCUAACACGAGCCGAGGUCCGCGGAGGAGGCCGGAAACCCUACCCGCAGAAGAAAACGGGUCGGGCUCGCCAGGGGUCGACCCGGACGCCGCUCCGGCCCGGCGGAGGCGUCGUUUUCGGACCCAAGCCCAGAGAUUGGAGCAUCAAGAUCAACCGCAAGGAGAAGAGGCUCGCGAUUUCGACGGCGGUAGCGAGCGCGGCGGAGAACACGAUCGUGGUUGAGGAUUUCAGCGACGAGUUCGAGAAGCCGAAGACGAAGGAGUUCAUUGCGGCGAUGAAGAGAUGGGGAUUGGACCCGAACGAGAAGACGACCUUUUUGAUGAGGGAGGUCGCGGACAAUGUGAGGCUUUCGAGUAGAAAUAUUGGGACUUUGAAGAUGUUGACUCCGAGGACUUUGAAUUUGUUUGAUAUUUUGAAUGCGGAUAAAUUGAUUCUGACGCCAGAGAUUGUGGAUUAUCUGAAUGCGAGAUAUGGGUUGAAUUAUGAGGGCGACGAUGAGGACGAAGAAGAUGCAGAGGAAGAAGAUGACGAAGAAGAAGGAGAAGGAGGAAGUGAAGUUCAAGG